GUCACUGCCGCGGCCGACGUCACCGCCACUUGCCGCAUCCUCAAGAUCUCUCUGGUGCAGCUUGGGUGCAGGUCUCUGCGGGAGCCACCCUAGACCUCUGCAGCUUCUCCUGUUAACAUGGCCGACUCGGAAAACCAGGGACCUGCGGAGGCAAGCCAGGCGGCGGCGGCAGCGGCGGCGGCAGCGGCAGCGGCAGCGGAGGCGGCCGCAGCGGAGGAGGUAAUGGCGGAAGGCGGUGCGCAGGGGGGAGACUCUGACAGCGCGGCUGGCGACUCCGACAGCGCGGCUGGUCAGACGGCCGAGGAGCCCCAGACCCCAGCAGAGAAUGCACCAAAGCCGAAAAAUGACUUUAUCGAGAGCCUGCCUAAUUCGGUGAAAUGCCGAGUCCUGGCCCUUAAAAAGCUGCAGAAACGAUGCGAUAAGAUAGAAGCCAAAUUUGAUAAGGAAUUUCAGGCUCUGGAAAAAAAGUAUAACGACAUCUAUAAGCCCCUACUUGCCAAGAUCCAAGAGCUCACUGGUGAGAUGGAGGGAUGUGCAUGGACCUUAGAAGGGGAGGAGGAGGACGACGACGAGGAAGAGUACGAGGAUGAGGAGGAGGGGGAAGAGGAGGAGGAGGAGGAGGAGGAAGCUGCGGCAGAGGCUGCUGCGGAGGCGGCCGCUGCCAAAGAUGAGGGUCCCCAUUCUGCGGUGUCUGAUGACGCCAAGAAAUAAGCGGGGGCAGAGAUUCUGAAGAGGAGAGUGACGCCGAAAACAAAUACCCUAUUUCUUUUCUUUUUUUUUUUUUUGAAUAUUGGUGGACUUAAAAAUAAGGCUCAGGUUUGGGACCAAAAUACAACGAAAUCAAUACUGACAUUCCUAAUAUUAAAUUGAAGCAAUCAGAUCCUGGCCAGCCCGUUUCAAAUUUGAUUUUCAUUUUGAAACAAUAAAUAUAUCAAAAGGUGUUGAGGAAAACGAGUUAAAUUUAAAAUGAGUUUUUCAUGAUCUCUUCUGUGAGGACUGCAACUGAGGCUUAGUAAGGGUGUCAAGUAGAUGUGAAGUAAAGAAUGUCACUUUGAAACCUAUUCAUCCCACAGCCAUCACACUACACACGGAACACCCAGGCCAAGACUGAACAUGUUCUCAGUGUUUAAUUCUUCAGUUUCUUUAGUCUGGACAUUUUCCAGUGCAGGAAAAGCAGAACCCAAGACUCUCAUCUUAAGACUUUGCUUUUGUAACCCAGACAUCAGCUUUACACUUGAGAGAAGAGUGACGAAUGGAGGAAGCCUGUGAUGGAGAUCAUGACAGGACUGCUUAAUGAGGCCUGGAAAACUGCCACUUCAAAUUCUAAAGAAUGUUCUGAAUAUUUGAAUUUAGAGAAGCAACAUGGUUCUGAGAAGGAGGGUGUAUAACCUGUAUAAUAUUGUCAACAUAUGUGUUUGUUAUUUACAGUCUCAUGUUUAUGUGUUUUCUUGGUAGUGUCUAUUUACAAAGGUGUAAAAAAAAAACCCCAAAAUGUUUAAGUAUUAAAUCCUUUUUACCUAGCAUUCUAGAAAUAUUAAUUUACUUGAAAAGAUGUAGAAUGUAGCCAAUUCUGUAAAGCAUGUGUAUUCAGUGUUAUGUAGUUUGAUCCUUGUGAAGUCUUUUGUCAUGUAGCUUUUAGAAUGUAGCUGUGAAAAUUACCAGAACUCUUCAACGAAGCUAAUGUUUGGAAAAAAUAUAUACUUGAAGAACCAAUCCAAGUGUGUGUCCCCACCCCCAGCUCAGAAGUAGAAGGGUUUAAGUUUGCUUGUAUUAGCUGUGCCUUCAUUAUUUUGCUAUGUAAAUGUGACAUAUUAAAUAAAAAAUGGUGCAUAUUCAAAUUUUACUGCUUGAGGAUAGACUGACAUACAGUUAAGGAUUUUUAGGAAGGACACAUUUAAUGUAAAGACUUUUAGCUUCUUUGUGGGUUUUGAAUUUUGUGUGACUCCGUGAUCUACGAAGAAACAAGCAUAAAGUUGUUUACCACUGUAGUGUUAAUAAAACUAUUUUCAAAAAACAAAA